GUGAACAAAGCACAACACUCCACGAAGAAAGCUCAGAGCAGAACAACAUAAUCCACAAUGAGCACCGCCGCUGGAAAAGUAGUGUGUGUCACCGGCGCUUCCGGUUACAUCGCUUCCUGGCUCGUCAAGUUUCUUCUCGAACGCGGCUACACCGUGAAGGCCACCGUUCGCGACACGAGUAAUCCCAAAAAGGUAGAUCACUUGCUCAGCCUUGAUGGUGCGAAGGAGAGAUUGCAUCUCGUCAAGGCCAAUCUUCUAGAAGAAGGUUCCUUUGACUCUGCCGUUCAAGGUUGUCACGUUGUGUUUCACACUGCCUCUCCCUUUUUCAACGAUGCCAAAGAUCCGCAGACUGAGUUGUUGGAUCCGGCAGUGAAAGGGACUCUGAAUGUUCUGAAAUCGUGUGUGAACUCGCCCACGCUGAAACGCGUCGUUUUAACUUCUUCUAUUGCUGCAGUUGCGUUCAGCGACAGGCCUAAAAACCCUGAUGUAGUGGUUGACGAGACUUGGUAUUCUGACCCGGAAUACUGUAAGAGAACAGGGUUAUGGUAUAACCUUUCAAAGACUCUGGCCGAAGAUGCUGCCUGGAAAUUUGUUAAAGAAAACAAUAUUGACAUGGUUACAAUGAACCCAGCAUUGGUUAUUGGACCUCUCUUGCAACCAGAGCUUAAUACUAGUUCUGCUAUAGUUUUAAGUUUAGUUAAUGGAGCGAAAACAUUUAAAAACAAUUCUUUGGGAUGGGUCGACGUGAAAGAUGUUGCAAUGGCCCAUAUUCUAGCAUAUGAGAAUGCUUCAGCUAAUGGAAGAUAUUUACUAGUUGAGAGAGUGGCACACUUCGGAGAGGCUGCGAAGAUUUUACGAGAUUUAUACCCAACAUUGCAAAUUCCAGAGAAGUGUGAAGACGAUAAGCCAUGGGUACCAAUAUUUCAGGUUUCCAAGGAAAAAGCGAAGAGCUUGGGGAUUGACUAUAUUCCUUUGGAAGUGAGCCUCAAGGACACUGUGGAGAGCUUGAAGGAAAAGAAGUUUCUCAAAGUUUAAUGGUACCCUUAAAGAAAUGUGGAAACCUUCUUAUGCCUAGGCUUGAGUAAAUUUAGUAUUAAAUAAGAAACUGAUGUAAGUGCUGUAAUAAGUGAUUCUUGGACUGGUUUGUUCCGGUGACAAGUUUCAAACAUGCGUCCCCAUGUUAGAGUCUGCAUUAGACAUUGUAUCCUCGUGAUAUUAUAUUAGUAGAAGAUGUUUGUU